AUGGCAGAGAAUAUUGGCAGCUUUGACUUCCAAAACCACGAUAAGCUUCCAGAAAUUACCCUCCCUGAUUACCUAGAAGAAGUAGACACUGAUGAGAUUUUUACACAACAAGAAACUGAGGACAUGAAUAAAGAGCAAGGUGAUGAUGUUCCUAAGGUGAAAAGGUUGAAGAAGAGAAAAAAAACAAAAUCAAAGCAACCCCAAAGAAAUCUUGCUAUCAAGAAAGAUGAGAGGGAUUUCCACAAAACCCUACAGUUCAUAGAUGGGCUAGACUCUGAGAUGACUCACUUUAAUCAUACACAGAUAGCAAAGAGCCCAGUCAUUAACUACCCAAAGUAUGAUCUUAUCUCAGAAAGCCUUGACAGGAAUACUACCCAGUUAAAGAAGCACAAUAGUUUGAAUCAAGAGCUAAACAACCAGAAAUAGCACUAUAAUUGGAUCAGAGACUCAGCGAGCCCCUUUCUUGAACAAUAACUUUGAAUACGCAAUCAGCCGCAAUAAGAAUGAUUUAAAAAGUAAAGUUUUUAUGAAUCGGACCAGCAUGGAUGACCUCAGAAGGGAAUAUUUCAAGCAAGGCCUAUUGAGCACAAAGCAUGAUAUCCAGCGGUCACAAUCCAAGAAUUCUGUCAGAAACUCAGAGAGCUCAAUCCCUGAGAUCAAACACUUCUUCAGAAGUGAUAGCAAAGAGCCUAAGACUGAAGCUGGAGGAGUGAAUCCGCAGACCAGCCAUAUUGUAAAGUUUUCCUCAAAAUCAAACUUUUUGGAAACAAAAAUGAAUGAGGUUGAAGAAAGGUUUAAUGAACAAUAUUCUGAGCUAGAGGACACUCUCUAUCAAGAGAAUCUGCAUGCACGAGAGCCAUCAGCCCAGAAAAUGGAUAAGAUUACGAAGAAACAAAUUUCUGUGCUGAAGAAACAAUUUGAUUGACUAAAUAUUGAAUUAUCUAACAUUCAGGAAAAGAGGUUCUUGAAAUCUUCAGAGCUUAGCAAGAUUCAAAGUUCCUCAAGGAAACUAAAUACCCUACUGGACAAGGUUUUGGGCAAAAUUGAAAGUAUCCAAGAAGACAUCCAGAAUGACGAAAAGUUGCUUUCAAUGCAUUUGUCUAAUGUCUGUAUGUAUCAAGAUGAGCCUACCGAGGCUUACUUAAAGGCGACCCUUGAUCAUAUCAGCAAGCAGAUUAGCUUGGAAUCAAAGUACAUUAAUCUUAAGCUUGAGAUGAGGAAAAACAUUGAGCGACAUAAAAUGAACCAGAUUAUUCAAAUAAUGAGCAUUGUUGUUGAACCGAUCCAUGACAUCCUACAGCCUCCGAGUCUUAAGUUAAAGACUCACCUUGCUGAGUAUCGAAAGAGAUGUGAGAUCCUUGAGCUUGAGCUAAUGAGUGAAUGUAGUAAACACAUUGUGAAUGAAAGUAAGCAGCCUAUCGACAAAAGUUUACAGGCCAAAUUUCAAAAACUCAAUGAUAAACUGGUAGGAUUAAGGAGAGAGAAAUAAAGAGCUGAUAAGGGUCCUAAACCGGAUCAGAGAUGUUGAGUGCAUUCAGCAAGAUUCUUGAGUAAUUGAACUAGCAAAUUUAUGCAGAACUGAGCUCAAACUCAAGGAGAAACUUAUCACCCUAAGAUAUCAUAAGAACAAGCUUGAUUACUGUAAAGAGAUUCUGAGACAAAGAAACGGAGAUGUUGACAAACUAAAAGCUGCAGUUAACAAGAAGUCAUUGCAGAUAAAUCUUCCCUAUACUUACAAGAAAAGGUUCAACGAGAUAGUGCAGAAUAACCAGAAUGACUCAAAUUAUCCAAAGGCUAGAACAAGUGCCAGUCAGGAGGUAACCAUCGGGAAUGUUCUUGACUACCUAGACAGAGUAGUUGAUGAGAAGAAUACCCUAAAGCAGGAGAUUAAGACUCUGAAAAAACAGAAGAAAAAGAUUUCAAGAAACAUGAAACUAACUUACAACAAAAGUAACCCGAAGACUUUGAAAAAUACCCAGAAAUUUUCAGAGGCUGAAGACAGUGAUGUUUCUGCAAAUGAUCUCAUGAAGAAAACUUUUGAUAAGUGUGAUAAUGUGAAGGAUAUCAGAGAUGCUACCUCAGUGAUGUUGCAGGGAAAGAUCAAUUUUACGUACAAAAAUUUGCUACAGAAAGGUAAAAAGAAGCUUAAACGGGUUUCAACUAAAGAGAACUUUAUUACAGAAGAUGAUGCGAAGAAGAUAAUGAACUCUUUUUGAAAUUCAGGAAUCAAGAAAGUCAAGAAUAGCUCAAGGAAUUUGUAUAAUCGGAGUAUCCGUAGUACAGAGAGUUUAAAGAGUUUGGGCUCUUUUAAAAUGGUAAAGAAGACAAACUGUUAUGACAAAGUAUUCAACCGAAGGCUGAGCAAGAAGUCAGUCAAAGCUCCUUCCCUCCCAGUUUCUUCAUCCGCUUCCCAAACCUCUAAACCCAAAAUCACACCGACAGUGGCAAAGAUUAGCCUCAUAUCUCACCCAAACUAAUCCAAAUCUACACAUUAAAAAACUAAUUUUGUUCUAAAAGGUUGU